AUGAAGAAAUAUUGUAUUCAAUUGUUACUUAUACAAAUUAUUUAUUUAAUUUUACCUGAAACUGCAAGUGAAAUAGAAAGGAUAAAGCAGGAUUCAACUCACGGCUACGCUGGUGAAUUCACACUUUCUCAAGCAUGGCCACAUACCUGGUGCUAUCUAUUCGAGCGCCUAGAUCCUAAAAAAACCUGUCAGUCAACCUACGUGGACCGAUGGUCAAUUCUUCAAUUCGUCCCUCGUCUUCCUUCGGGGAAUUACUAUUCAGAGUGUAAUCACUCGACUCCGUUCAAAUUUGACGAAAUUUCUCAAAUUAGAGCUGAGCUAGAAUGUAGGUGGUUCAGUUUUGACGCAGCACAAAAUUUAACUGAUUUUUGGAAAGAUCAAUGGGAAAAUUCAGGAGUUUGUGGUGUGAGUAAUGAUCAAACAAAUUCUCAACUGAAAUAUUUCAAUAAAGGACUUGAAUUGUCUGGAAAAUUCAACAUGGCUCGAAUUCUGAGCGAAGCAAAUAUUAUUCCUGGUCAUAACUAUACUAAGCAGACAAUUGUCGAUGCCGUAAGUUAUGUUUUAGGAGAUAAAAAGGCUGUAAUUGCUUGUCAACGUCACCGCAAAACAUACGAAUACUACUUGUUAGAUGUAUUGAUAUGGUUCAACAAAGACUUCGAACCUACUACAAGAGGUCAGGAAGUUAUCAUUGCUAAUGAUUGUCCAGAUAAUGAGACGAUUAUUUACCCAAAUAGUAAGAUCAAUCAAUAA